AUGAAGGCGGGGCACCAGAACUGCAGUCGAAUGACCACGGUUGCUGUAGCAGCGAUAAUGGUGACGUUAGCGUGCGCCUUGAAAAUCGUGGCGGCCGACGAAGGCAUCGCCGACGACUCGGCCUUUGAUUACUGUGCAGAAAUUGGAUGCUUCGUUGAAAGGCAGGAUGAUUGCUACGUACCGAUAUCGACCACCCGGUGCUACUGCGACGAUUUCUGCUACCUUAACCGCACCGGGUCCGAAGACUGUUGUCCCGACUUCAUGUCGUUCUGCAAAGGCGUGACCACAACCAGACCCGACCCUGCGACCCUCCCUCGGAAAAACGCAACUUACCAACCGAAUAAUUGUAAUAACGGAGGAAAUAAAAUUAUGAGUAUAAAUUGCAAUGCAUGUAAAUUUCAAAAAAUCGGUGAAAAUAUGACGCUGAUAUGUAACCACGACGAAUGUCUUUUCGAUCCUUCACUCUUGAACACGAUUAAAACCCAAAAUCCUCAAUUUGGAUGGUCUGCCAAAUAUUACAGCGAAUUUUGGGGCGUAACAUAUGACGACGGACUUAAGUUGCGGCUUGGUACACUGCAAUCACCGGAAAAGAUUUUACAAACUGUACCUGUGAAAGCGGUGUUCCAUCGAGAUGAUCUGAAGUCGUCUUUUGAUCUUCGAAAAGUUUUUGGUAAUAAAAUUACCGAUCCUAUCGAUCAGGGUUGGUGUGGCGCGUCCUGGGCCAUAAGCACUGCUCAAGUGAUCACCGACCGUUUUGUUAUAAUUACCAAAGGACUGAUGUGCGAUACUCUGUCACCGAAACACCUGUUGUCCUGUGACAAUGACCUACAACAAGGAUGCCAAGGUGGCCAUUUGACCAAUGCUUGGAAUUGGGUUAGGACGUUUGGACUCGUCACAGAAGAAUGUUACCCGUAUGAUGGUCAGGCGACAGGUUGUGCGGUGCAGUCCAAUCAGAGAAAUAACGAUAACUUAAUCGUAUCGUGUCCACGUUCCGAAAAAACUUCGCCACUUAGACGAGUUGGUCUGAUGUACAGAGUGGCUACAGAAGAGGGUAUUAUGGAUGAGAUCAUGAAUUGGGGAUCCGUUCAAGCCAUGAUGAAAGUGUCUAAAGAAUUUUUCAUGUAUGAAUCGGGCGUGUACAGGUGUUCAAAAUUGGCUUUAGGAUCGAAAACAGGAUAUCAUACUGUAAGGAUUGUUGGUUGGGGAGAAGAACAACAAAAUGGCGAAACAGUAAAAUAUUGGAUCGUUUCAAAUUCGUGGGGACUUUGGUGGGGUGAAAAAGGGUACUUCCGGAUACUGAAAGGAACCAAUGAGUGUCAGAUUGAAGACUUCGUUGUAGCCGCGAUGGCGGACAUCGGCGAUUUCUAUAACAUACCGGAUCAGUCGUUCAGAGAAAAUGCUUCAUACACAUUGAAUGGCACCAAAAUCGAUAUUUCUUAA